AUGGCUGAAGAGGACUGCUGUGCCUCAGCAGAUGAGGGAGCGAAGAGUGGCCGACACGUCCCCUUAGUGCUGGAGAGAAGGGAGAAGAAGGAGGAAAACUGGAGGACAGCCGUUUCACACCAACUAAAAAAGCAGUGCACAUGCAGCUCAGAGCGAGCCAAGGCCCAGGUUCUGGGGUUUGUCCCCAUCCUAAAAUGGCUGCCACGCUACCAGCUCAGAGACUGGAUCCUGGGUGACGUCAUGUCAGGGUUGAUAGUGGGCAUCCUGCUGGUGCCCCAGUCCAUCGCCUACUCUCUGCUGGCGGGCCAGGACCCUAUCUACGGCCUCUACACCUCCUUCUACUCCAGCAUCAUCUACACCCUGCUUGGCACCUCACGCCACAUCUCCGUGGGCAUCUUCGGGGUGCUGUGCCUGCUGGUGGGCCAGGUGGUGGACAGGGAGCUGGCCCUGGCAGGGUACCUCACAGAGAGUAGCAGUAACAACACUACACUGGGCCUGGGGAAUGCCACCACAGGGCCGGUCUGUGAUAGGAGCUGCUAUGCCAUCAUGGUGGGGGCCACAGUCACCUUUACAGCAGGGGUAUACCAAGUAAAUAUGUGCAGAAAGGGAAUGGUGUAAUACAUUUUUUUUCUCAUGUCUCACGUGAUAAAAAGCACUGACAAACAGAACUCAUUCAUGUUUUAACAGGUUGAUUGACAUUGGUCAUAAAAAGUAUGAAUUGUAUUGUAUAUACAUUUUUCUAAUGCCAUUACUCCCUCUCUGUUUUCAAUCUGUGGUUGUAGGUAUUGAUGGGCCUCCUGCAGGUGGGCUUUGUAUCUGUUUACCUGUCAGACUCCCUCCUGAGCGGUUUUGCCACGGGGGCCUCUCUCACCAUCCUUACCUCCCAGGUCAAGUACCUCCUGGGACUGAAGCUGCCUCGCGCCCAGGGCUGGGGCUCCCUCAUCAAGACCUGGGUCAGCCUCUUCCAGAACCUGGGCCAGACUAACCUGUGUGACCUGGUCACCAGCCUGGUGUGCUUGACGGUGUUGGUCCCCACCAAGGAGCUCAACGAUCGCUUCAAGGCCAAGCUCAAAGCCCCCAUCCCCUUUGAGCUGUUUGUUGUCAUCGGCGCCACUAUGGCCUCCCACUUCGGCCACUUCAAGGAGACGUAUGGCUCAGACGUGGCCGGUGCCAUCCCCACGGGCUUCCUGCCUCCCCAGCUCCCGUCCUGGUCUCUGAUCCCCAAUGUGGCGGUAGAUGCCUUCUCCAUAUCAAUCGUGGGCUUUGCCAUCACCGUCUCCCUGUCUGAGAUGUUUGCCAAGAAGCACGGCUAUGUGGUGGAUCCCAACCAGGAGAUGUAUGCCAUAGGCUUCUGUAACAUCCUGCCCUCCUUCUUUCGCUGUUUCACCACCAGCGCUGCCCUGACCAAGACCCUGGUGAAGGAGUCCACAGGCUGCCAGACUCAGCUGUCUGGCCUGGUCACGGCCCUGGUGCUGCUACUGGUGCUGCUGGUCAUCGCUCCCCUAUUCUACUCUCUACAGAAGUAAGACCAUGCUAUUCUGUGUCUAAGUGUACUCAGCUUUUCUACACAUGUUCAUCUCAUGUUUACCAGAUAAUUAUCUUCCACUGAUUUGGUGAUUACUUUAUUAACCUGCUAUGUUUUCAUGUUGUCUGUUAGGUGUGUGCUGGCAGUGAUCAUCGUGGUGAAUCUCCGGGGAGCGCUGCGGAAGUUUACAGACAUCCCGCGGAUGUGGCGUGUGAACCGUGUGGAUGCUGCCAUCUGGCUGGUGACCAUGGCAACCUCAGCGUUGAUAAACACUGAGCUAGGCCUGCUGGUGGGGGUGAUGGUCUCAGCCUUCUGUGUGUUGGGGCGCACUCAGAGAGCCCAGGCCUUAGAGCUGGGCCGGGCCGGCCAACGGGAGCUUUACGAGGACCUGGCCUCCUACAAGGGCCUGCAGACCCAGCCUGGGGUGGCCAUCUUCCGCUACGAGGCGCCCAUCUACUACGCCAACCAGAGCCUGUUCAAGAAGGCCCUGUACCGCCGCCUGGGCCUGGACCCCGUCAAGGAGAAGGCCCGGCGGAGGAAGCUGGAGAAACAGAGGAAGAAACAGGAAGAAGCAGCAAUGACAGCAGGAGGGGAGGGAGGGACUAAGAUUAAAAAAGAGACAGAGUUGACCAACGCCACCAGAAUCUUCCUACCAAAUCAAGUCAACUUCCACUCUCUGGUGAUAGACUGUAGCCCGGUGCUGUUUCUGGACACAGCAGGGGUGAAUGCAUUGAAGGAGGUCUGUAAGGAUUAUAAGGAGUUGGGGGUGCAGGUGUUCCUGGCCCAGUGUAAUACCUCAGUACUGGAGUCACUGGACAGAGGGGGCUACUACCCUGAGGAAGAGAAGGAAAACAUGUUUUUCACCAUCAGCAAUGCCGUCCACUACUCACAUAGCCUCUCAUCUCAAAAUGGAGAAUGUGACACGUCCUGUUAACAACAGCUUUAAAGAUUGUAUAUCUACAGAAAUAGAUCUUAAUACUAGGGUUGCAUAAUUCUGGGAAGUCCCUGGUUUGCCUGAAAUCCUGAUUGGAGGAUUCCCAGAAUCACAAGGGAAUAGGCAGGAAAUCCUGAAUCCUCCAACCAGGAUUUCUGUGAAAUCAUGGAAUUAAUUUAAAGUUCCUGGGAUUUUGCAACCCUACUUAAUACACAACAUAUACACUGAGUGUACAAAACAUUAGGAACACCUCCUCUUUACAUGACAUAGACUGACCAGGUGAAGCUAUGAUCCCUUAUUGAUGUCACCUUCAGUCAGUGUUAAAGAAGGAUUUUUAAGCCUUGGGACAAUUGAGACAUGGAUUGUGUAUGUGUGACAUUCAGAGGGUGAAUUGGCAAGACAAAAGAUUGAAGUGCCUUUGAACAUGGUAUGGUAGUAGGUGCCAGGAUUACCGGUUUGAGUGUGUCUAGAACUGUAAUGCUGCUGGGUUUUUCACUCAACAGUUUCCCGUGUGUAUCUAGAAUGGUCCACCACCCAAAGGACAUUCAGCCAACUUGACACAACUGUGAGAAGCAUUGGAGUCAACAUGGGCAAGCAUCCCUGUGGAAUGCUUUCGACAACUUGUAGAGUGUUCUGAGGGAAAAAUGGAAGUGCAACUCAAUAUUACAGAGGUGUUCCUAAUGUUUUAUACAUAGACAGUAUCUAUCUCAAACAACAUAAAACACAACCGAUAUUGUUAUUGUGCCAUACAGGAACAUGUGUAAAUGUAUCCAAGAUGCUGUGCCUUUCUCUAGACACUUUUUGCAAGACCCAGCCUGGGGUGGCCAUCUUCCGCUACGAGGCGGAAGUUGAAUGUCAUUUUUACAGUAUAGCUACACAGUGUAACAUUUUGAGCAAAUAUUAUUUUAUUUUCUAUCAUUGUCAGACUGUGGACCAACUGUGGACCAAAACAAACUUUCUGUUACAAUCUCAUCAAAGAUAGAAUUCAUUGUCAUGCAAUGUCAAGCUUUAGGACAAAGUUUUUUUAUAGCAAUGUUCUGAGAUGGUUUUGGUCCAUGAUUUAGCACCUCAUUUAUUCCUCCAUGUUUGGUUCUUGUGCAAACAGUGGGAAUGUUACUGUUGUAGAAUUUGUUUUUCCUUUGUUACUCUGGCAAAAAUAGAGCUGCCGUUAAUAAGGUGAAUGGUCAGAUAGUCACUGAAGAUGUUGUCUGUUUUGAAUGCCAUAUAAGAUUGUGUCAGCGUUAUGUAGCUUUUGAAAUGAUACAUGAUUGUUUUUUUGAGCUGCAACUUGUUGAAGUAGUGAUUGAUAUUGUGUUGUCUUAGCUUUCUGGAACCAAACUAUUUACAUUCAAGGUGAAUGAGAUUGUAAGAAGUUAAUUCACAUAGAUAAUAUUUAUUUUCUACAGGUGAUCACUAUUUUGGUUGUACUCUUGAUCACAUGAACAAACCAAAAAAGAGUCAUUAUAAUGCUGUUACUAUACAUCAAUGUAAUUGUUUUUCUUUUUCAGAUACACUGUUAUGA